CAGAGAUCUGGAUCGUGUUUUUUUUUUUAUUAAAUGGGAGACUCUUAAAAUUUGUUAUGACCACAAAAAUCCGACAGGUGGAGCCAUUUCUCUUCCAGAGAGGCCAUCAGCAUUCAGCACGUUUAUGAUCACAAAUCCGACAGCUCCUCGAAGUUGAUCCACGUGACACAAGGCGAAAGUGAACCGCUGAUCCAGCCGACCAGCUGAGACUGAGGCAUCCCUGCUGAGCUGCUCCGAAUCUGCUGUCUCUGUCCUGCAUCGAAGAGGAGGAGGGAAAGAAGGAUUUCAGAGAAUAAAGACAGAUCUGCAGCAGAGACGCCAGACUGCCUGUCUGCACCUGCACAUUUCAAGUGGGAGCAUGGACCUGGUAAAGAUUGCAGUGUCCUUCCAAAUCCUGGUGUGUCCUGCAUGGGGCGUCUUCCAUCACUCGCACAUGGACAGCAUCCUCGCGGUCCGCCCAGGGAUGCAGAGGGGCACACUGCCAGUGAUGUACACCCCAUAUGAGCAGUUGAGGUUUGACCCGUGUUGUCUCAUGGCGCCUCCUCCACCGCCGCUCUUCCCUCCUCCACCUAAACUUUGGAAACGGGGCAGUCCAGUAAGUAAACCUAUAAAUCCAUGUGUCUUCUGUCAGGCAUCAAAUCUGUUUAUCUCUGGUUUUGGUUUGAAGGACACGAUAAGCCUGUUAGAACCAAGCAUCCAAGGAGAAGAGGUGCAGCAAAAAGAAAAGGAUGUGUCACAGGGGUGUCCACCAGGACCGCCAGGACCACGUGGACCUGAGGGUCAAACCGGAUUACCUGGAAUAAGAGGACCAAAGGGGGAGAAGGGAGAAAUUGGACGUCCAGGAUCAAAGGGUCGUACUGGAGCUCCAGGCCUUCCAGGAAAGCAAGGACUUCCAGGACUGCCAGGUCCAGAGGGUCCUAAAGGUGAGAAGGGGGACCCUGGACUUAUGGGUUUACCAGGACUGCGAGGUCCACCAGGGAUGAAGGGUUUACAGGGUUACAAAGGUGACAAGGGCACUCGCGGAGACACUGGCCUCACAGGAGCAAAAGGCGAAAAGGGUUCCAUUGGUUUGCCAGGGAUGCUUGGACAGAAGGGUGAGAUGGGACCAAAAGGAGAGCAAGGUUCUCCAGGCAGGAGAGGACCAACGGGCCGUUCGGGAAAACGUGGGAAACAAGGCAUGAAGGGCCAUCCUGGAACCCCAGGACUCAUGGGUCCCCCCGGACCUUCUGGUCCCAUCGGCCAUCCAGGCCCACCUGGCCCUCCUGCUUCAGGAGUCUUCCUUGUGGGUGAGAAAGGGGAAAAGGGCCUCCCAGGUCCACCAGGUCUUUGUGACUGUGGUGGUGUCGUUGGACCACAUAAUGCCCCAUAUGGCAGCUACACCCAGCGUGGCUCUAAUAAAGUCACUUCUAUAUUUGUGCUGAACAGUGAGGAGGAGAUGAACCGUCUACAUCAAGACAAUGCAAUAGCACUAAGGAAGGAUCAAGGGAUACUGUACUUUAAAGACAAAAAUGGAUGGAGUCCUUUACAGCCUUUUCAGCCCUUCCAGUCGACUGAAACAAUCCCAGAAAGAGUGGGUGUUUGUGGAGAUGGAAAGGUACAGGCCCAGCAUGGAGAGGAGUGUGACGAUGGAAACCAGAUUGCCACAGACUCAUGUCUCAACUGCAAGUGGGCCUACUGCGGUGAUGGUUACCGACAUGAGGGUAUGGAGGAGUGCGAUGGAAAGGAUUUUGGUUAUCUAACCUGCAAAUCGUAUCUUCCUGGAUCGUUUGGACAACUCAGAUGCACAGACUCGUGUCUCAUUGAUUCAACUGGCUGCAAGUACUUCACCUGAAGACAUUCAAAGGUGGCUGUAUUGGAUCGUUUUUGCAUUACGCUACUCUGAUCAUAGGGGAUAAUACUUCAGCUUUCUGAUGUAUUUCUCUGCCUUUGAUGACCUGCUUGGAGCCCUGCAUUAGUCACAGGGGUCAGUUUUAAAAUCAGCUGGGGUUUAAUCUUCAACUGUCACUCCCCCGGCUGCAGCACUGUUACAGACUGUGGAGUCAGGGCAAAUAUAUUAGCAACUAAGGAUUGUAUCAUGUGAAAAAGCUACAAUGUUUAGGACUUGAUGACUGUUAAUGCAGGAUGAGCUAUGUCUUCUUGAAUGCAAGACACAAAGACUACACAUUAUACUGUAUAGAUCUAUGUACUGUUGUAUGCACAUCAGGGAUGUAUGAAUGUAUUUAUUCUAGUGGAAUGUGUUACAAAACAUAGUUGUCAAAUGCAAUGUUGAGAUAUUGCAUGUAAAUGUGUUUCAGUGACCUGAGAAAUAACCAGAAGAGUUUAAGUGAAUUUGUGAACAUCUUUAUGGCUUAGUGCAAAUCAUUUGGUAAAAAUGCAUGUAUUUAAAGAAAAAUAUUUGUAUUCAUUGUACAAACGGCAUGUAUUGAAUAUGUUGCUGCAUGGUGAUUAAUUUAAUAAAGCAGCUUUAAACAAUCACUCUGAUGAAAAAAGUG